AUGAACCGCAAUAUUACACUAAGUGCUCAACAAUUUAUUGACUGCAUUGAUGAAAAAUCACAAUGUGCUCCAGGCAAUCCAGUCAAUGCAUGGAAUUAUGCCAAAACAGCAAAAUUAAUGAGUGAAAAAUCUUAUCCCUGGACUGGUUUAAAUAACAAGUGUCAAGUUUCUACUAAACAAUGCCAGGAUGAAAAUUGUCAUUUGAAUAAAUUAUAUUCUGUCGAUAGUGUUGUUCAUUUACCAUCUUCUCAUGUUGAUCUCAUGAAUGAAAUUCUUUACGAAGGAUCCAUUCAAGCAACAAUGAGAGUGAACAAAAAAUUUUCUCUUUACGAGUCUGGGAUUCACGAGUGUCUUAAAAGUUUACCUACAAUUGGAUAUCAUUCAGUACGAAUAGUUGGCUGGUCUGAGACAAAAAACAACAAACAAUAUUGGAUUGCUGCUAAUUCUUGGGGCACCAACUGGGGAGAAAAUGGUUAUUUUAGAAUUACAAAAGGGACUAAUGAGUGUGACAUUGAAUCACAUGCACUGGCUGCAAAUAUACGAGAAAAGGAAAAUCCAUCACCAGUUAUUUUACAUUUACUUAUGAUCUAA